AUUGUAUUAAAAUCCCACACUCUCUCCUACCCUUCCCCUAUUCAUAAACCCUCUCCUCUAACUUCUGCAUGUGAAGCAUUAAAAAAAUCAAAAUAAAAAAAAAAAGUAAAAACCUUAAAACACAAGAACCUCUUUCAGACUUUCACUGUGUCUCUGUUUUUGUCUCUGUUUGUGUUUCUGAAACUCAUAAAUAUUGGGACAAGCUUCCUUUCCUUUCCUCAAUUGCUUCGACUCUGAUUCUCAUGGCGGCUGUAACUGCUGCUGUUCCUCGUACCGAUCCGCCAAUGGUCGUGUCGGAUUCCUUCGCCAAGGACGCCAUACUCGCCUGGUUCCGCGGCGAAUUCGCUGCUGCAAAUGCCAUCAUCGACGCCCUCUGCUCUCACCUAGCUGCCGCAGCCUCAUCCUCCGACGAGUACGACGCCGUGUUCGCUGCCAUACACCGCCGCAGGCUCAACUGGAUUCCCGUCAUCCAGAUGCAGAAGUACCACUCCAUUGCUGACGUGACUCUCGAGCUCCGCAAGGUCACCGAAAAGAAGACGGCGACGGCGGAGGAGGCGGAGGCGGAGAGUAAUGGCGGCGGAGACGGUGAGAAGGGGAAAGUGGAGGAGGAAGUGACGGAGAGUGUUGGAAAUGGCGAAGGCGAAGGCGAAGCUCAACAGAGUCAUGAGGAGUAUGAAUCUCCAGAGAGCGAGAUUACUGAUUCAGGAUCUCAAGAAAUGCACCCCAGUUUGACAAACAUUAGCAUAUGUUCCAAUCACGAAGAAUGUGAAGGACGCUCAUCACUGAUAAAGUUGACAAAAGGUUUCCAAGCAAAGGAGUCAGUGAAGGGCCAUAUGGUUAAUGUUGUGAAAGGAUUGAAGUUAUAUGAAGCCAUUUUCAAUGACUCAGAAAUAUGUAAGCUGACUGAUUUUGUAAACGAGAUCCAUGUGGCUGGCCAGAAAGGGGAACUCUCCGGUGAAACUUUCAUACUAUUCAACAAGCAGAUGAAGGGGAACAAGAGAGAGCUGAUUCAGCUAGGUGUUCCGAUAUUCGGGCAGAUAAAUGAUGCAAAGAGCAACAUAGAACCGAUUCCAGCACUUCUUCAUGGUGUCAUUGAUCACCUUAUACAAUGGAAGUUAAUUCCAGAGUAUAAAAGGCCAAAUGGUUGUAUCAUUAACUUCUUUGAGGAGGGGGAAUUUUCUCAGCCAUUCCUGAAACCACCCCAUCUGGACCAGCCUAUAUCAACCCUUCUUCUCUCUGAUUCAACUAUGGCUUUUGGACGUAUCCUAAUGAGUGAAAAUGAUGGGAACUACAAGGGGCCACUCAUGCUCUCAUUGAAGAAGGGGUCUCUUUUAGUGAUGAGAGGAAAUAGUGCAGACAUGGCAAGACACGUAAUGUGUCCAUCACCGAACAGAAGGAUUAGCAUCACCUUCUUUAGAGUGAGGCCAGACUCCAAUCAAUGCCAGUCACUAACUCCUACCAUGACAAACGCAAUGACUCUUUGGCAACCCGGCAUUGCUAGUCCAUAUGCUGUGCCAAAUGGAGCUGUAAGCAGCUAUGAGACUAUGGACAUGAUGCCCAAAUGGGGAAUACUUCAUGCUCCAAUGGUCAUGCUAACAAACCCUGUACACCCUAUAGCAAUGAACCCUGGCAAACUUCCUGGUGGCGCUGGGACUGGGGUUUUCUUGCCUUGGAAGGUAGCAUCCAGGAAACCUGCAAGGCAUCUCCCACCUCGAGCCCAAAAGGGACGCCUGAUGGCAUUAUCAUCGCCAACCAAUUCACAUAUGGGAGAGUCAACUUCUGAACCCAGCAUUACAGUUGGAGGUUAAGGUAAGAUUUUAGUUUAGAAGCAGCACGGGUUUCAAAGGAAUGUGAAUCAAGAAAGUUACCUUGGACCAGUGGAGGAUGUCCAUUUGUUGUACAAAGGAGCCCGAUUGCUGCUAGAAGAGUGUGUUUUUUUCUAUUUUUCA